UUAGAUAUUUCAUUGAGAAAAUUGCAGUUUUUGCAGCUCAAAAAUUUUGGAAUUGUAGUAAUUAUGGGCUGAAAACAAGUUUAAAAAGUACAUUACUCAGUUUAAAUUGAAUUAUUGCGAGUCAAAGCAUGUCUCAGAAAAGAAAAUGUUAUUUAGUCUUAACGUAUUACUUACAGCAUCAUUAGUUAUAUGUCUAAGCUAGGACUAAGCUUAUUACUGUCUGGUUUAUUGAAGCCUUUCAGACAAGUAUUCAGUGUCAUAAUGUCACAUAUACAAAAUUAGGAAGAAGUAAAAGUGUAGCAGAAUAUUCUGUAAUGACUUAAGUAAUGCACACCCAAGGAAUCAUUAGCACUAACAGGAAACUCACCACAGGGAUUUAACUUGAAACACAGUAAUUGGAACUGAAGAUAGGCUUUUAGGGGGAGGGAAGUCAAAACAGUAUCUCAGCUGGUUCAUGACCAAAAACAUCUUGUGAGGAAGGUUGACAAAGGAAAAACCGCCAAACUGGAGCAGACACGCUUUUACGGAAUUGAAAAUAACAUGGCCCAGGGCCGGCCAAUCAAAUGUGUCGUUGUAGGAGAUGGUACCGUGGGUAAAACAUGUAUGCUGAUAUCAUAUACCACAGACAGUUUCCCAGGGGAAUAUGUCCCUACAGUGUUUGACAACUACACCGCCAACAUGAUGGUUGAUGGAAUAGCUGUUAGUCUAGGAUUGUGGGAUACCGCUGGACAGGAAGAUUACGAUAGAUUACGACCUUUAUCUUACCCACAAACGGAUGUUUUCCUGAUAUGUUUUAGUGUAGUUAGUCCGUCUUCCCAUGAAAAUGUAGUCACAAAAUGGAAUCCUGAGAUUAAACAUCAUUGUCCUGAUGCCCCAGUUAUUGUAGUAGGAACCAAAAUAGAUCUACGUGAAAAUAAAGAAGCAAUAGGACAAUUAGCUCAACAAGGAUUGUCACCAAUCAAGCGAGAACAGGGUAUUAAAUUAGCCAAUAAAAUUCGAGCAGUCAAAUAUAUGGAAUGUUCAGCUUUAACUCAGCGAGGACUUAAACAGGUAUUUGAAGAAGCAGUACGAGCAGUUAUACACCCACAGCCUGUGAGGCCUAAAAACAAAUCAUGUAGACUUUUGUGAAAAACUACAAUCAAUUAUUGUGUAUAGCGUGUAACUUAUUACUCGUGCUGAAUGGCUGACUUCUGUGCAUCUGUAAUCGAUUACUGAUCCUCAUAGGCUGCAGUCAUAAAUUGAAUCUGUAAUCAGAAACUGGAAUGAAAUACUGCAUCUGUAAUCAGUAGCUUUUCUGUACAUCUGUAAUUGAUUUCCAGACCUUACAGACUGCAUCAACUAAAGGAAUCUGUAAUCAUAUACUGAUCAUCUUGGAUUGGAAUGAAUUACUGUAUCAGAUCUGUAAUCACUUACUUUUAGUAAAGUGGAAAAACAAUGCAUUCGUUAGGAUGUUAUUAUCAAGAUGUUUGGAAUAUGGUAAUUUCUCUGCUAAUCAUAUCACUUGUGGAAAAUUUGCUUACUUUGUUAUAGAUUUGCUUAUAUAUGUGUGUUUAAUCGAAAAAAAGAAAUGUGUUGUAAUUGAUUACAAUUACAUGGUUUAUUGGUUUAUCAUGGAUUCAAUGUCUUCAGAGAUCAUCUGGCUAAUGCAUUUUGUAUGUGAUAAUCAUAACUCACCUGACAUAUAAGCAGUCUACAAUUACAAUUCAGCAGCUACAGCUUUACUGGUCAGAAGUCAGAAGCAGAAAACUUCAUUCAGAAGUACCAGCAGCAGUUCAGACAUGGAUUUUAGAGUAUCAAUGCUACGUUUGAUUGUCAGCCAAAAACUACUUAUCUAAAUCCAAAUUCAGAAAAAAAGUAACAAAUCUCAUCAGUUCACUUAAUGGAAUUCAGAAGCAAGGCACAAAUGAUUCAACAGUAAACAUGUUAAUUCAGAAAGAAAAAUGUUUGUUGUGGGCGCAUAGUAACUUAAGAUGAUAGCUUUAGAGGGAGUGCCUACUUAUUAAGUUGUAUAUAGUUAAGAAAUGGAAUUACCUGACAAGAUUUAUGUGCUUAAUAAUGUUUUAUUUAAUAUCUUACGUCAAAAGAAAGGAAGAAGUUGUAUAUCUACAGAUGCCAGUCUGUCAUGGAGAUUUUUUUCCGCAGGAAGGUCCGUUUUGACCACAAGUUUAGCAGAAAGCUGUUUUAUGUUUUAAACAUUGCUUAACCAUAUUUCAGGUUCUUAAUUCUAUUAACAAUUAAGGGAAAUUAUCUCUGUGUGUAAAUGGUAUUUUAUUUGUAUGAAAUUUAUACUGCAAAACUUGAUCGAAUCCCAAGAACAAAAUACUCAUUUUGACUGUCAAAAUGUUUUUGAUAGCAUUUCGUGUUUUGCUUUCAUACUUGGAUGUGUUGAAUGUUUAGGUUGAUAUAUAUUUUAGCAGUAUUUCACCAUGUUUCAGUGUGUACACUUGAAAAUUUUUGUUUUAUUUUGCUUGUUUCUUUAAAAUAUUUGUUCAUGUACAAUCAGAUAACCAGAAAAUGGGGCAAGAUACAUUGCACAAAAGAUUUUCACCAUACUGUAUUUUUAUUUUCUUUGUAAGUCUAUUUUUUAUUCGAAAUAUUUUGCUUUGCUGCUUGGAAUUGGUUUGAGCUAGCCAAACGUAUGUUGAGUUUAGAAAAGGUUUUGAUUUUAAUGUUUAAACAAAACCUGUUCUGUUUCUAAUACACCAGAGUUAUAAUUUUAAUCAGUCAUUUAAAAAUACCUCUCUCUUUAUUACAAACAAACUUUUUAUGCCCCCGAAGGAAAGCAUAUUUGUUUUCAACUGUCCGUCCGUUCGUUAGUUCGUUUUUUCGUCACAACUUUAACUUUUUGCAUGAAGGCACUUUACUCGCGAACCACUGCACCCAGGACCUUCAAACUUCACAUGCUAAUAGUACUUAUUGAGUACACGACCCCUACUGACUUUGGGGUCACCAGGUCAAAGGUCAAGGCGCUGCGGGGGCAUUUGUCACCAUUAGUGACAGCUCUUGUUGUUCAAUGGAUUAAUUAUUUUUGUCACUGUGCAAUAAUUUUACACAAGUUGUAAAAUAUAAAAAAGUGUUUGCUUUUAUUUUUAGUAGAUAUUAAGGUAGUGGACCCGCAGUGACAAUUGGCAAAUCGAGUAUUCUCUGUUUGCUGUUCUGGCACUCUUGAGUUUUUGCAAAAAGUCAUGUGCGUGUUGAGCUUUAGUUACCAGUACUUCUGAAAAAUACUGAAUUAUCUGUCGAGAAUACGAAAUCACACGGACAUUGCCGAGUGUCAUUAUGGGUCCACUACCUUAACAGCUUUUGAAGGGUUGUAAAUAGUUUUGUGCCUAUACAGUUGUUAUUUACUAAGUACUGCUGCAAUGGCUGGACUUUGGACAAAUUUUUGACAUGGAAUAGGUUUCCUAUCUCUUCAUUUACACAAUGUCGUAUUUUUUGCAAAAAGAUUUGAGUUUAUGCAUAUAAUACAAAUAAGUAUAUUGUUUUGUUUGUUUUUUUUUUUUGCAAAAGUUAAACAAAACCAUCAUUGUGUUUUAAAAUUUUACUCCAGUUCGAGUAAUGUAAUCUAAGUCAUUUUUAGUUGAAACAUUAAAGUUUUGUAAUUUCGUUGUUGGGUCGAUUGUAUUUUGGAUUUCUUCAUUUCGUUGCAUCAAAUGCUUGAUACAGUUUUAUAAUGCAUUCUUUCAAAAUAAUUUCGUUAUAAUUGAUUCUUUAAACAGUCUUUGGUAUAUACUUGUUGAGAAACAAUUUAACAUAUACGCCAAAUGAAGAAUCAUACCUCUUGCUUUCGUUACGAUUUUUUCUCUCCAAAGAUGGUUAUUUUUCUCACUGUUUUGUCAUAAUACGACUUAGAUAUUAAAUUUUUUGUAUGCAUACAUUUGGUAUUGAAAGUGCAAUAGCCUCGUCUUGCAUAAAAAAAUGAUUAGAAGUUCAUGCCUGUACACUAUAUAUUUGUAUAUAUAUUUUUACUCCCUGUACGUUGCUUAUUACUUUCAUAAUUUAUCGCUACUGCCUUGAUUUUUACAUGGUUGUGAAAUCAACCAAUCAGAGCAUUUCUUGCAUACAUUAUAAAAUGAUAUUCUUGCUUAGAUUGUCCAUGAUUGGUUGAUGAUAUGUCUGUGAAUCACUUAUAUCAAAUGGUUUAUUUUUGCCUUGUAGCAUAAUUUAGCCCUGCCUAUGAGGCUUAUAAAAGUCAGAUUUACUUGUGAAGUUCACACAUUUUUAAGAUUUUUUUUAUGCCCCCGAAGGGAGGCAUAUAGUUUUUGAACCGUCUGUCAGUCUGUCGGUGUGUCCGCAAUUUUCGUGUCCGGUCCAUAUCUUUGUCAUCGAUGGAUGGAUUUUCAAAUAACUUGGCAUGAAUGUGUACCACAGUAAGAUGACGUGUCAUGCGAAAGACCCAGGUCCGUAGCUCAAAGGUCAAGGUCACACUUAGACGUUAAAGGUCAUUUUUCAUGAUGUGCAUUCGUGUCCGGUCCAUAUCUUUGUCAUCCAUGGAUGGAUUUUCAAAUAACUUGGCAUGAAUGUGUACCACAGUAAGACGACGUGUUGCGCGAAAGACCCAGGUCCGUAGCUCAAAGGUCAAGGUCACACUUAGACGUUAAAGGUCAUUUUUCAGGAUAGUGCAUUCGUGUCCAGUCCAUAUCUUUGUCAUCCAUUGAUGGAUUUUCAAAUAACUUGGCAUGAAUGUGUACCACAGUAAGAUGACGUGUCGCGCGCAAGACUCAGGUCCGUAGCUCAAAGGUCAAGGUCACACUUAGACGUUAAAGGUCAUAUUUCAUGAUAGUGCAUUGAUGGGCGUGUCCGGUCCAUAUCUUUGUCAUUCAUGCAUGGAUUUUAAAAUUAUUGGGGAUGAAUGUGUACCACAGUAAGACGACGUGUCGCGCGCAAGACCCAGGUCCGUAGGUCAAAGGUACUAAACUCUAACAUCGGCCAUAACUAUUCAUUCAAAGUGCCAUCGGGGGCAUGUGUCAUCCUAUGGAGACAGCUCUUUUUUUUUAGAUAGAACAUGUAGAAGUGAGUCAUUUAUUAAUUAUUAUGGAAUAAAACUUUGGUACAGCCUUAAUAGAUGUAUGAGGGAAGGGUAUACAUGUUCUCAUCUGAAGUUGAAAAUAGUGCUUUAAACUAAUUUUUUUUUAUUUGCUUUUAUAUGUUGGGCAAGAAACAAAUCUGCUCAUGCUUUGCCAGCAGGAAUUGUUAAUUUUACAAUAUGAAUGUUUUGUGACUUAUAUCUGCUUUUACAUACAACAGAGAUUAGGAAUUUCAUGUUUCAUCAAUCAGUUCUUCUUUACAAGUAGAAAAUGUUGUAAUGAAAAAACAAGUCAGUGGGUAUAUAGGUGAUAUUUGUUUGCUUGUUUUGAGUAAAUAUGGAAUAUAUCUCACUGAGAAGUAUACUGCAAAGAAAGAAGUGCAGCAUUAAUUUUCAUCCUCUUUUAUUCGAAAAAUUAAUUCAUAGGGUACGAAUAGAUAGGUAAAGCUACACCAGCCAUAGCUACUGAUAUAUAGUGAGUGAUAUGGACUUUAUCUCUACGGUAAAACUUACUAUUUCGUCAAUUAGCAUAUAAUGAAAAGAUGUAUUUCAUGGGAUAAAGUUUUAAGUAGAAAUUUUAUGUUUCUUUUGUAAAAACGUCAAUAUUCUGUUGUGCUUUAAUGCAUAUAUUUCAUGUAUGUGUAUGAAAGUUGAAAAUAAUCUUGAUUUUUUACCGUGACUUCGGUUGAUCCAUGUUUGAAUGGUAAAAAUCACCUUGAAAUUUCUUCAUGCUUGAAAGGUAAGAAUAACCUUGAAUCAGUUUACCUUGAAUCAAGGUAUUAUGUAAGUUGCGCACAAAACCACCAUUUAUCAGCAUUGUGAUGCUUUUAUGAAAACCAGAUUCAUGUUCAUGUUUUUUAUAUUUAUUCAAGGUGCUGGCACAGUUUUCUUUUUGUAUGUGCUUUUUAUAAUACCCUAGUCAGUUUAGACCACUUUUAGUUUCAGUGUAUAAUUUAUACUUUACAUGUAUUAAAUUUAUAUCUGCAUCAGGUACAAACCCUAUUAUUUGUUCAAUGUACCCUAGAAUUUUUGAAAAUCACCUUUACAAAUGACAAAAUAAAGAGAAGACUUGUUUUUACAAUUACAAAUGUAUCUUGUAAUCUUAAUGUUGAUAGAAACCUAAAAGUAGAGCUGUCAUUGAUAGAAACGAUAUCGAUGUAUCAACGAUUUUUUUUUUGUCAAUCGAUUAUCGAUUCCCAUUUUCAAAAAUUGAUAUUUUACAGAGAGAAAAAACUAUCCAGAUAAACACUCAGACCCUCAAAAACAACCUAAGUUCACAAAGUUGUAAAUUUGGAUAAAUGCAAGAGGAGUGAAGGCAAAAUAAAAAUUCAAAAUGUUAUUAAUUUUUAUUUAUUUCUUUUAUUUCAUAAAUACAAAUACAACACAAUCAAACAGUAAAAUAUGAAAAGUAGGCAAUAAAACUAAAAAUAGCAUUUACAGGAAGGUAUAUAUUAUGCAUAUGAACAAAUAGGUUGUUAAUCUAACUUAAUUGAUAUAUCGAUGUAUUGUCAGUAUGCCUAAGACCCAAUCAAUGACAGCCCUACCUAAAAGUGAAAUUUAUAUUUAAAAACUGAUAAAGUUUUUUUUCCAGGCAUAUUUUCAGUGAUACCCUGGCUGAAAAUUGGACAAAAUUCAAAGUAUUUUUUUUUUUCGAAAUCCUCAAAAAAUUUUUUUUGUAAAAACAUCAUUUGUUUCAUCCUUUAUUUUAGGACAGUGUGAUUGCUGACACAAAACAAUUAAAGGAGGUCGGUUUUCAGAACCAUAGGGUAUGCUUGUAUUAACUUAUUUUGCCAUUUUACCAAGGAAUCUCGUUCACAGAUAUUUUGCUUUAGAUAUAGGGUAAACAGUCUUUAUUUUACCAUUUUUCAUACAACGUAAAGUGCCAUCUUGAUAUUUGAGGCGAAUUUUAUAUAGUUCAAAACUGUAUAUCCAUCUGUGUGUAUUUCUUGUUUUAUGAUAUCGCUUAAAACUACUACUUAAUGAAGCAAAAGUCAACGUUUAUAAUGGAUCAUGAUAUAAUACAUAAUUGUACUGUGAAAUCAUCAAUAUUCAUGGGUUUUAAUUUUUAUGGAUAUUACGGCUGUGUCAGUCUGCAGAAUGAAAUUUUGGCAAACAAAUAAAUUCCUUACUUAUUUUAUCUUUAAAACUUUUGAAUUCAUAUAAACCACAAAGAAAUCUUUUUAUGUUGAAAUCACCGAACUUUGUGCCAACGAAAUUAACUGAUUUCUCAGUGAUCGAUAAUCUUCAUCAGUGGUCAGGUUGCAGUUAUUUUUUGCUUUUAUAUGAUUGUGUAAAAGGAAUAUGAGUUUUAUUUCACUAUUUUACCAGAAUUCCUUUCAUAGUCUUAUACUUUUUGUCAUUUUAAGUCUAUAGUAUUGUUUGCAUACAUUAUUAACAUUGUCUAUUUUUUUUUCUCUAAUUUACCCGAUUAUGAUACAAAAGCAGACGACAGUUUAAUAUGUGCUUUUGCUUAUACCAUGAUUGUAUUGUGUUUGGACCCAGUUCAUUUAACUCUGAAUGCUUUUAUUUCUAUUUACCAGUAAACAAAUGUAUUAUAAAAAGUGGAUUAAAAAGUAUUCUUGUUUUGACAUUUUAAGGUAGGGGACCGGAGAUGACAAUUUGUAAUGUCGCUACCUUAAGUUGAGAGAUGUCGUGCUCUGUGUUUUACCUUAUGGAAAGGCAGGGCUGGUUUCAGCACUGUGACAGUUUAUGCACGUUGUUUGCCCCUUGUGAAUCAGACCUUGUAGUCGUGUCCUUUCAGUUCUUUAUGGAAUAUAAUGGUUUCUGGUCAAAUUUUAAUAUACAGAUGAAAUAUUUUUCUACAGCUGUCUUAUUCUUUAUAUACAUAUAUGACUGUGUACAAAAGUAAGAGCAAAGCGGAUUGAAAAAGUUACAGAUAAUAUAUUGAGGUUUAAUUUGGCAAUGUUUCUAUUCUGAUACUCGACUGUGUAUUGGCUGCAGAUAGUGUUUGAAAAAGCUAAUGGAUGAAUAAUGAUAUGCUGCUCCUAGGUUAAGGAUAAAUAUAAAGUUUAUAAGUUUUGUGAUCUGGGUCCAAAUUUUUUAAUGUCAUAUUGAUUUAACUUUAAACACAUGUAUCAUGACAUCCAUUGUACAUAUCAGUGGAAAAAAUCUUGUGUACCGAAUUUUGACAUGCAUGAAGAUAAUAAAGGUCUCAGAAAUCCUCCA